UCGUCUCAGCUCAGCCACACGAGCAGCGCUCUUUCAUUCCAGACCAUCACCGACUCCCUAUUUGCACAGCUUAAUGCCAAGGUUUCAACACCUACAGGCACAACACUGCCGGGGUUUGCUAACGUCAGUAGCAGUGCCUACGAUGUGAGCUAUACUGGAGCAAGGAUCGCCGCUGGGUUCCCCAUCUCUGGCACUGAUCCACUGCUUUUCCCGCCUUCUGCCGGUGCCGAGUCUGCGUCGUUGGCUGCAUAUGGGCGGAUGAGCGGCAGCGGCGGCCCUCUGGACGCAGCGACGUCGCCCUUCAACUUGUUUGCCAGCAGCCAGUACUCGCAGUCACCACUCUCUGCACUGUUGACAGACCCUGCGUCUCUAGUUGGCGGUUCAUCCCGGGACACUCCUAUAUCGGCGAACAUUGGGGCCUCGUCGCGCCAGCGGUCUCGCUGGGACUUUGUUCAGGCUGACGAAGCAAGUGCUCAGGCUGAGCUUCAGUCCGUGCUUGGUCGCGGUGGCAGCAAUAGCAACAUUGGCCAUCCCCAGGCUCAGGCCCCUGGAAUGCCGGUCUUUACCUCAUCGCGUGACCUGGGCAUGUUUUCGACGCCUAUCCAGGGCGACUACAUGGGUGGACCCUGGGGUGGUCAGCACGCCGACUCUGCCACUGCCAACACAGCGCCGUUCCCGCCGCCGGGCUUUGGCGGAAGGAAGCUUACCGAGAGCAGCUUCCAGGCCGAGUUGCGGGCUCGGUCGCCGUUAAUUCCCGGGGCGACGCCUGUUAGCAACGGCAUUAUUGGGGGGAGUACUGCUUCCAACAUGCUGCUGUCGAGGCUGAUAGGGUCGGCGGCUCCUGACUCGGGUGGCAUGAGUAGCUCUGGAAAUGACGAUUCUGCGUCACCGUCAACCUUGCUUGGCGGGUACCUGUCUCAGCAGCAGCAGUCUCAGUCACAACAAGAUCCUGCUAUUCUGUCCUCUUAUAUGGCGGCUGCUGUCGCGGCUGCAGGGCCUCAGCAACAGCAGCAGCAGCAGCAUGGCCAGGUUGGGCGCACCAGGACCGAUCCCAAUGUGCUCAACAGCCUUCUGGCCCGCUUGCAUCUGGGCCAAGGUGAUGGCGGCUUGCACUGUCGUCCAUGGGCACACCGCAAGGCUCUGCUCUUUCUCACCAGGCAUUUGGGUCUCGCGCGGGCCCUGCUCUUGGUGCAGGCUACCAGCAGCAGCAGCAACAACACCAACAGUACCAGCAACAUCAGAACCAUAAUCAUCAGCAGGGUGGCUCCAUUCUUCCUCCAGGACUUAUGCCCAUGGGAGCACCUGGACUGGCGACAUCGCCAGUGUACGGAGGGGCCAGUUUGGCGGCGGUUCCGGAAUGGGUAUUGGAAUGAACAUGAACAUGGGCAUGUCUAUGGGGAUGGGAAUGGGAGCAUCUGAAAGUCAUAUGAUGAAUCCGGAAACAACGGCAGUGUCGGCAACCGGUCCCAGCAGCAUCAGCAACUACAUCAUAUGCAGCAGCUCCAACAGCUCCAACAGUUGCAGCAAC